GUGUACACAUCUUACUUGAAACAAACACUGCUCAUUCAGACAUAGAUGCACCUCCUCACACCCUGUUAAGGUAGGCCACAACCCAAACCCAAACCCUAAUCUUUCUCACCAUCAUCACCACUUUCCAUCUUUCAAAUCUAUCUAGAAAUCAAAAACCAUGAUUUCAUAGACAUAAAAAAGAAAAAAAAAACAUCUCAGAUGUCUUCACAUUUAUCAAUGAAAACCUUACUCUUUCUCUCUUUAUUCUUGUUUUUGGUCUUCGUCCUCCCUCUGGUUACGUCUGCACCAGAUAACUCAAACUUAGUUUACAAAGGAUGUGCAAACCAACCUCUAUCAGAUCCAACUGGCGUUUACUCUUCUGCCCUCUCUGCCAUUUUCGGGACACUUUUACAACAAUCCUCAAAAUCCAAGUUCUACAAGACAACAAGUGGUAGUGGGCAAGCAUCGGUUUCUGGUCUUUUUCAGUGUAGAGGAGAUCUGAGUAAUGUCGAUUGCUACACUUGCGUCAGCAGACUCCCAAUCUUGAUGGAUAAGCUUUGUGGGAAGACGGUGGCUGCAAGAAUCCAGCUUCUGGGUUGUUAUAUGCUUUAUGAAGUUUCUGGGUUUUCUCAAAUCUCAGGAAUGGAAAUGCUUUACAAGACUUGUGGGAAAACAAAUGCCGGUGGAAAUGGGUUUCAAGAAAGAAGAGAUUCAGCAUUUUCGUCUUUGGAAAGUGUUAUUGGAACCGGAAAUGGUGGAUUUUACACAACAAGUUAUGAAUCUAUGUAUGUUUUGGGGCAAUGUCAGGGUGAUUUAGGGACUUCCGAUUGUGGGAAUUGUGUGAAAAGUGCUGUGCAGAGGGCUCAAGUCGAGUGUGGAAGCUCAAUCUCAGGUCAAAUCUAUCUUCACAGAUGCUUCAUUAGCUAUAACUAUUACCCUAAUGGAACCCCAAAACCCAACAAACCAACAUCGUCUUCUUCAUUUUCAUCGCCAUCGUCUUCAUCUUCUUCAUCAGGGUCAAAUACAGGGAAAACGGCGGCGAUCAUCUUGGGAGGGGCUGCCGGAGUUGGGUUUUUGAUAGUACUUUUGUUGAUUGCUAGAAAGGCAAUGAAGAAGGAUGAUGAUUAUUGAAUUGAAGAAGUGAAGAUCCAAUUUUUGAGAUGGGUUCUUUCCUUGGUCUUUUUCAAAUCCAUGAGGCGAAGAUGUUUUCUUGGUGCAGAAGAAGUAGAAGCAAGAUUUGUUUUUGUUAGAUUUAUAAGAAAAAAAAAUGUUGAUUUAAUAUGAAUAUUUAGGAAUUUCAUCCAGAACAGAAUCAAGGAUGUAUAUUGUAAGAAUGAAUGUUUGUCAAUGGUGGAAAAAGAUGAGGGAAAGAGUACUGUGAAUUUUAACUUGUUUUUUUAAAGUUAAAGUUUAUGAUUAUUAAAUUAGACGUAGCAACAAAG